AUGCCAGUGAUACCAGAAAUGGAGGAAUAUGUCAACUGGGAUAUGGCCGCCCUCCCAACUACCGGGGAGGGCCCGGACUUUACUUCUUCGUCGGCCAACAUGGCCACCGUGCCUGCUCUUGGAGCAGUUGGAGCCACUGAACAUCUGCAGGACCUCGAUCUCGCCCUGGAGAAUGCAGAGGGGGAUGACUUCUCCUUUUGGGCAUUGGAGCACUUUGAGAACAACAUCUCGCCUACACUCGACGGGACGCUAGACGCAAACACUUGCAUUGGCCUUAAAGGUCUCGACAGAACCGGGCCGUUCGAAGAAGAUCUGGACCUCCCCGACGUCCCGUGCACCAACUGUCAGCUUGGAGGCUAUCAGUGCAAGCGUAUUCCAGAGGGUCAGUACAAGGGCUAUUGCACCAGCUGCAUUGCCCUGUGCUCUGAAUGCAGCUUUGCCGAGACCACCGGUGCUGGCCGCGCCGUCGGGUUCCCUUCCAAUCCUUGGCCCAUCAUGGGCGACCACCCUAUGGGUAUCCCGCAGGAGGAAGCCCAUGCUGGGGCUGCCCUGAGCGGAAGCCAGCCUGCUGCCGCAACCGAGAACACCACGUCUGAACCUGCUCGGGCAACCUCCAAGACCAGGACUGGUGUUCGGUUCUCCAGAGAAGAACUGAAGAUCCUAAAGAACUGGCUCUCGACUCACAGCAGGCAUCCUUAUCCUACCGAAGAGGAGAAGGAGAUGUUACAGAAGCAGACAGGUCUUAGCAAGACCCAGAUCACCAACUGGCUUGCCAACACCCGACGCAGAAACAAGAACGCUGUUGCCCAGCGGUCCACCUCACCGGGCGUGAGGACGUGGACCAAACCUAUCGACAUUGCCGGAAGACGAGGUGCCGCGUCUUUUGAGCUCAUGAAUCCCCUUCAGCGUUGGCAGGUAUCUCCGCCGGAAAAUGAACCGGCCUCCGUCACAGCUAUUCAACGUGCCAUCAGCACGUCUUCGACCCUGCAGUCGGGCCUCAGCAGCCCUUACAGCAGUGUCCACUUCACCGACGAUGGGUCAGGCAGAUCGAUCUGCGACUCUGCCAUCUCCAGUGCCAAUACAUCUCAUUCUAGCGGGUCGUUUGCUUCGGCCUACUCUUAUGGCUCUCGUGGCUCGCUCGGGUCGGGAGGGUCCUCCAUGCACCGGGGUCGGAGGAGGAGAAGGAGAAAGGCUGCUGCGCCCGCUGCUGCUAAUAUGACCAACAGCACACCUCUACGACAGCCCCUGAAGACGUUCCAGUGUACUUUUUGCACCGAGACUUUCAGAACCAAGCACGACUGGCAGAGACAUGAGAAGUCUCUGCAUCUGUCUCUGGAGCGCUGGGUGUGCUCCCCCGAUGGGCCGGUCACCUUCAACGCUGAGAGUGACCAGAUGCAAUGCGUUUUCUGCGGGCAUGCCAACCCCGACGAGGCUCACAUCGACAGCCACAAUCACUCUGCCUGCCAAGAGCGCGCACUGGCGGAGAGGACGUUCUACCGGAAGGACCACCUUCGCCAACAUUUGAAGCUUGUCCAUGACGCCGCCUAUCGCAGCCAGAGCAUGGAAGGGUGGAAGGUGACGACUCCAGAGAUUCGUUCAAGGUGUGGUUUCUGCGGCAUCGUGAUGGACACAUGGUCCUUCCGUACCGACCACCUCGCCGAGCACUUCAAGCGCGGUAAAUCCAUGGCUGACUGGAAGGGUGAUUGGGGUUUCGAAGACAAGGUGUUGGACAUGGUCGAGAACUCGAUUCCACCGUUCUUGAUCCACGACGAGAGAAACUCGCCGGAUCCUUUCGAAGCGUCCCACCCCCCUUUUGCUGCCAAAAACGCGUAUGAACUCAUCAAGGCAGAGCUGAGGGCUUACAUUGAUGACCGACCACAAGGUCAGGAGGCCCCGUCUGACGGGGAGCUGCUGAGUGUGGUUCGCGCCCUGCUGGAAAAGACCAGGACCAUCUCGAGGCCUUGCGUCGGUUCAACUGGGUCUUGGCUUCAAGAUUUGUUGCUGGCAGCACCGUCCGACCGGCCUACCCGCCCUUCCUACAAGUCCUCUCUCCAGCAACUCAAGAUCACCGGCAAGGGUGACAUCUUUGAGCUGGAUCCGCUGGAGCUGGAGCUCGAAGUCUAUGUCAAAGCCCGCCGCCUCCUAGGCCUGACAGCCAUGGACAGAGAGCUGCAGUCGGAAGCAGUCAACAUCAUCCGCCGCAUGGACGAGUCCUCUUCCGACCCCUCCUCCGAUAUUGUCCAAUUCUUCACCCGCCUCAUCUACGCCUCGACCUCCUGGCUAACUUGCUUCCGAGCUCGCGCCCAUCUCCCAAGAUCAGAAGACGUCGUCGACGUUCCUCAACGGUCCAAAGACCCCAAGAAGAUCGACGCCGGCAUCCACAACCCAUCCCGCCUGGAAUUCGAACUGGCCGAAUACGUCCGCGAGCAACGCUCCCUCUUCGGGGAGGGGUUUGUUCCCAGUGACGACGACCUGCAAAAACGCGCUCGUGUCAUCAUCUUCGAGUAUGAUGACGGCUGGAACCAAACAGCCGCCGACGACGCGGUUUGGCUUGCCGCCUUCAAAAACAGACAUGUUUUUGGCAACGGCACCAACGACAGCAGCGCCUACGUGCCAUUGGAUCUCUCCCACGAGUCCAUGUUCCCGAAUCCAUUGCAGCUCCAGCUCGACGUGUCCGAUCCAGCAGGGCGGACUCGCAUCCCGUCCAUCUCCAACUCGUCCUCUUCACGAUCAGGGUCAGGAUCAGGGGGAGGGUCAGGGUCAGGGUCAAUCUCAACCCCUUCCCCCCCAGCAGGCUUCAGAGCCAACCUUUUGGGAGACGUAAACUGCUACCAGCGCCUCGCUCGCGAACUAAAGAAAUAUGUAGCCAGUGCCAUGUCGCCCAACAACCCCAACUGUCACGUCCCUACAGACGAGGAACUGCAACACCAAGCUCGUUGGAUCAUCUAUGAAGAGUACGCC